UUAACCUGGAUUUAUCUCAUUUAUUUCCGCACAUGACACAUACCUUAUGCUCGCGGAAAAAAAAGGCCUACAGCUUUUUUUGGUCAAACUAAAAUACAAAAUCAAAAGCUUUUGGAUAAAUAAAUGCUUUCUUAACGAGCAAGCUGUGUAAUAUGAACUCUCUUAGCAAAAGCUGUGUAGUAUGAACUCUCUUAGCAAAUUUUUUAAGGGUAGGCUUAACUGCUGAUGAUUGGCAGAGACGAAGAAGAAAUGAAGAAUUUUAAGGGUGCAAGACAACAAACUGGGUUCGAAAAAGUUUCCCAGAAGAAGCAUCGCAGGUCAAGGAAACCCAAGUUUGAGCUUAUCAAACCAAAGAAAGUUUACGAUAACAAGAAAAAGGAUAAGAAAAAGAACCAGAUGGAGAUCACCCAGAUCGCCAAGCUGGGGCUGGAAGAGUUUCCGAUCAUGUUUUCUGAAAUUAGGGAAAGGAACCGCCUGCUGGAAGAGCUGAACUCUAAGAUCAACCGUUACAUUCUUGAUAAGCUUUCUACUUGGGAUGCCGAAGACAAAUAAAGGCUUUUGAUCAUUUGAUC